AAAACGAGGAAGCUAAUGAAGAAGAUAAACGUGCACUUGAGGAGUAUGAAGAGUGGGAAAAUUCUGAUGGAGAAAACUCUAAAAAAAACCGUUAAUGUUAGUGGUAGAAGAGUGUUUGGUGCAACCGCUAAAGUGGAAGCUCCAAAAGAGUCUAGAAAGGAUUCAGAUAACUUUUAUGACGACAGUGAUAGUGACAAUGAUAUGGCUGGCAUAGAAGAUAAUAACAUAGAGCCUGUAAGAGAUAAUGCCUCACCUGCUACAAACACCAUUACAGAAACUGAGAAGUUUGAUGAUGAUGUUGCUGGAAAUCCAGCAUAUAAGACAACAUUCGAUGUUGCCAUGUUUGCAUCAGGCUCCUGGAAGAAGGUUUACUUUUGAGUUUUUUACAUCAGA